AUGACUUCCUCUUCGAAGAACAUUGCCAUUUUCGGGGCCAGCGGCAGCAUUGGCAAGAUCAUCCUCAACAGCCUAGUAGCAUCUUCGCAAUUCACGGUCACCGUGAUCUCCCGCCAAGAAAGCGAAGCAGCAUUUCCCUCGGACGUCGCCGUUCACAAGACCGACUUCUCAAACGCAGGCCUUGAGGCCGCCCUCAAGGGCCAGGACGCCGUCAUCUCGGCGGUGGGAGCCACUGCAUUCGGCGAGCAAAAGAAGAUUGUGGACGCUGCCAUCCGGGCGGGUGUUAAGCGCUUCAUCCCAUCGGAGUUCUCGGCAAGCAGCCAGAACGAAGCCGUGCUGCAGCUCCUGCCACUGUUUGGGCAGAAGAAAGAGCUGAUCGAGUACCUCAAGACCAAGGAAUCGGAAGGUCUGACCUGGACGGGUAUUGCGACCUCCUUGCUGUUUGACUGGGGUCUUGGGAACGGCUUCUUGGAAUUUGACAUUGCCAAUCGUUCGGCAACCAUCUGGGAUGGCGGUAACCAUAGCUUCACUCUGACCAACGAGAAGCAGCUCGGUCAGUCUGUCGUCUCGGUCCUGCAACAUCCACAGGAAACCAGCAACAAAUACCUGUACGUGGCCUCGGUGGAGACCACGCAGAAAGAAAUCCUGGCGACUUUGGAAGAAGCAACGGGGGCCAAGUGGACUGUGAAGGAGACAACCACCGACGCGGAAGUUAGUGGGGGAUUCAAGAAGCUCGGCGCGGGGGAUUUCAGCGGCGCCUUUGCGCUGGUUCGUGCCACUGGAUUCGGCAACACCCCUGGUCUCCAUGCGAACUACGCCAAGGACGAGAGUCUUGCAAACGCGGUGUUGGGGCUGUCAUUGGAAAGUAUCCAGGAGACGAUCAAGCGAGUGGUGCAAUAG